UUGGCGGGUGAAGUGGAAAUGGAGCGGGGAGGGAAGGAAAUUAGGGUAAUUGCAGUAAUGUUGAGUUAGGGUUUUGGCGUCCCAUUUAUAAAGGUCUGCUGCGGCUGUGCGCGCGUGUGUCUGCGUUGCGAGUGUCGUCGUUUUGAUUCCCCCCUUCUCUCUCUCUCUCUCUAUAAACUUCUCUCUCUUCCCCUCUUUCCUUCUCACUCUCUCUCUCUCUCACCCCACUCACUCACUCUCUUACUCUCUGCAUGCUUCUGCUUCUUCUCUCGCUCUGAUUCCGCGGAAUCAAUUCAAAUCAGCUUCUGGGAAUCGAAUCUCAGAUCUCGGAGAUCAGAAUGGUGGAUCCAACUGGAAAAGGAUCGGAGGUUGAAGUUGAGGACUCAAACUCAAACCCUAACGCUCCUUCCUCAGGGAACAGUCCGAGCAGCAACAAUGAGCAGAAGAAAACCUGCGCCGAUUGCGGCACCACCAAGACCCCUCUCUGGAGGGGUGGUCCUGCAGGACCUAAGUCUCUGUGCAACGCGUGCGGGAUCAGAAGCAGGAAGAAGAAGAGAGCGAUCCUGGGAAUCAACAAGGGGAGCACCGAGGACGGAAGGAAAGGAAAGAGGACCGGCGGAGGCGGCGGAAUUGGCGGAAUUGGCGGUGGCGCGUUGGGGAGGGAAGUGUUGUUGCACCGAUCGCAUUGGAAGAAGCUAGGAGAGGAAGAGAAAGCUGCGGUGUUGUUGAUGUCGCUCUCUUAUGGAUCCGUUUAUGCCUGAACCAAAUUAAUCAAUCAUUUUAAUUAUUAUUAUUAUUAUUAUCAUUAUUCUAGUUCUAGAUGAACAAUUAUUGAGGAGAAUUCUAGAUUUUGUUUUAGGAUGUUCCUUCCCCUAACCCUUUCCCAAAGUGUAUAUGUUUAGUUUUUUUUUUUCUCUGUUGAAUGAGUGUGUGGGUUGGAUGUCAACAACAGUUGUAAGAAAAUGAGAAAUUAUUCAAGUCCAAUUUUGGUAAUGUAGUUAGUCCUCUAUUUUUCA